UUUCCGUUUCCACCACCUCUUCCUCUUCCGGUCCUCGGGGACGCCCUACCGGGUGGCUCUUCACCUCCAGCUCCGGCGUGGGAGACGAUAUUCGUCAUGGCGAUGUUUGAGCAGAUGAGAGCGAACGUGGGCAAGUUGCUCAAGGGUAUCGACAGGUACAAUCCUGAGAAUCUGGCCACCCUGGAGCGGUAUGUGGAGACGCAGGCCAAGGAGAAUGCCUACGAUCUGGAAGCCAACCUGGCCGUCCUGAAGCUGUACCAGUUCAACCCAGCCUUCUUUCAAACCACAGUCACCGCCCAGAUCCUGCUGAAGGCCCUCACCAACCUGCCCCACACAGACUUCACACUGUGCAAGUGCAUGAUUGAUCAGGCACAUCAAGAAGAACGGCCAAUCCGACAGAUUUUGUACCUCGGAGACCUGUUGGAGACCUGCCACUUCCAGGCCUUCUGGGCCGGGGCACGUGUGCACGCACCCACGUCUGACCUUCCUGCCAAAGUCCUCCAUCCUCUGGAUGCUCCUUCCCUUUCUUGCUCGAACUGGAUCCACACCCUCCACUUCUGCCAGGGUCCUCCUCACCGUCAUCCCCAGGCCCAUCUCUCCCCCACAAAACCCCUCAGUCCUGAAGCCCGGGUGUUGGCACUUCCUGCCCCACUCUCUUGGUCUCAGCCCCUGACAGCCUCGCCUCCUUUCCAAGCCCUGGAUGAAAACAUGGACCUCCUGGAAGGUAUAACCGGCUUUGAAGACUCUGUCCGAAAAUUUAUCUGCCACGUUGUGGGCAUCACCUAUCAGCACAUUGAUCGCUGGCUGCUGGCUGAGAUGCUCGGGGAUCUGACGGACAGCCAGCUAAAGGUGUGGAUGAGCAAGUACGGCUGGAGCGCUGAUGAGUCGGGCCAGAUCUUCAUCUGUAGCCAGGAGGAGAGCAUCAAGCCCAAGAACAUCGUGGAGAAGAUCGACUUCGACAGUGUGUCCAGCAUCAUGGCCUCCUCCCAGUAACUCGGCAGGCGUUGAAUAAAGAGUUGUUGGCUUAA